AUGACUUUGAUUACUGGAUUGAGGAAUAUGUGUUCUAAAGACACAACACAAGAGUUAACAGAAAUUAUAUCUUUUCAAAAGAAAAAAAUAUGCAAGUUAAAUAAAAUGUUAGAAGAGUUUGAUGCAGUUGUUUCUGAGAGAGAUAGUUUACAAAAAUUAUGCAAACAAUUUGAACAAAGUAAAGAAGACAAUUAUAAUGGCCAUAAGAAAGCGUUGAAUGAACUAUUAGCUACAUGUGAUAUUCAAUCAGAAAAGCUUAAAAAAGCCGCGGAUUUAGAGUAUAAAUGGGAACACAGAUACGGAGAAUUGGAAGAUGCUAACAACUAUUUAAAUCGUCAAUUAAAAGCUGCAAAAUGUAAUGAAAAUAAAUUACAAUUACAGUUAACAGAAACCGAAACAACUUUAAAAUGUGUUGAGAGGGAAUUAUGUACAACUCAAUCGGAAUUGGAAGAAAAAAACCAAAUGGUUAAUAAAUUAAAAAAGAAUUUGAAAUGUAAUGAACAGGAACUCUGUAAAGUUCGCAAGGAAUUUGAGGAGUGUAAAAAUGAAUGCAAUAAAUUGAAUGAGACAAACAGAAUGUUGAAUAUGGACUUAAAAUGCACAAAAAAAAGUCUAUAUGACACAAAAUUAUCUGCUAAUCGUAUGGAGGAAAGAUUCAGGCAAGAACGAGAACAUUUAUCAAACGAGUUGAAAAUUAGCUGCAAAAAGUUUAAUGACUUAGAGAUACGAUACGACGAAGCAAUGUGUAAAUUAAACGAAGAGAGAUGUAAAUCCAAAAAGUUUGCUUCAAAAUUAAUAGAAGUGAAUAAAGUGACAGUAAAAAAUUAUUUGGAAAUGAAAAAUCGGAUACAGAAAUUGCAAGAAGAAAUUUGUGCAAAGAACAAUGAUUUAGGUUCUUUGAAGGAAAAAAAUUUGCAGUUACAACAAGAAAAUGAAAGUAAAUGUACGGAAACAAGUACAUUGAAAAAUAAACUUUACGAAAGAGAAUGUCAACUAAAACAAAUGUGUUUACUAUCAGAAAAAAUUGAGCAAAUCAAAUGCAAUAUCGAAGCUUAUUGUUGCCCUAAGAAAUGCGGAAAUAACCCUUGUUGUUGUCCAAAAAAGAAAUGCGAAACUACUUCUAGUUGUCCAACAAAGAAAUGUGAAACUGAUCCUUGUUGCCCAAUAAAAAAGUGUGAAAUUACUCCUAGUUGUCCAACAGAGAAAUGUGAAACUAAUCCUUGUUGUCCAACAAAGAAAUGCGAAAAUUCCUGUAGAACAGCAAAUUCCACAACAGACAUGAAAUUUACAUGUGGUCUGUCUACCAAUACAAGAGCUGUUAUCCAAAAAUAUGCUAAAAAAUCGUGUGAUUCUUGUAACGAUGAGUAUAAAAUGGAACUAAAAAAAUUGAAAUGUGAUCUAGAUGACUUACAACAAAGUAUUGGGUAUGUCUCUUAA